GAUUGGUGUACUACAGGAUGAGCUUCCACCUCCAUGAAGUCUCCGUUAAAGUCUAUACCCGGCUAGACCCGGCUAUGUUUCCCCUUCAGGCAUCUACCAGUGAUGGGUACGGAGGGUUGAUGGGAGUCGACUGAGUUGUCUUGCCCGUGAUGCGGCUGAGUGGAUUCAGGAGGCGGUCUAUCUUAUACACCACCGGGCGUGGUGGAUGGCAUUUGGACACCCAAUCGGAUGUACCAGAUGCCAUCCGACCUUGGCCCUGCAAGGAGCAUCCAUUGGAUGCGACUUGCAUAUUGCUGAACCCGGAUGGUGGUGCCACCAGUAACUCCACAGAGGCAGUACUUUGCGACUCAACUAUACACUACGGACAAUUAGCUGUCGCUGCGGCCCGCAGCGUCACCCAGACGUUUCAAGUCAAACCAAAUCCUCACGCUACGUCAGCAGCAGAGACAACUCAAACCAUGAAACGACAGAUCACACUACAUUUACCUUUACAACGCCAAAAAAAAUUAACCCUGGGGACCCUCCGCUCGGCCUUCCCCUUGCCCCAUCCCCCGCAGAUGAACAAUAAGGUCAACUACAUCGUCUCCCUCAGGAAGGUCCGUUGGUGGCUGGCUGAACAAGCCGAGGCCCUCGGCGUCAAGAUCUACUCGGGCUUCGCCGGUGCUAAACUGCUCUACUCAGACGAUGGCAAGGCCGGGGAUUGA